AUGUUAUUAUUGACAAUUGGAAAUGGCCUCAUUAAGUUACGAUCUGUCGAGCAUCUCUGGAAAUUCCAAAUGAUGCAUGCCAAGAUUCGAGGGUCAGGACUCGAUACGAAAUAUGAUUGGAAAUAUGAAAAUCAUCAGACUCUCAUCUCGAAAGCUGGAGAAUAUAUUGCCAUCGAUAUUGCCAUCGACAUCGACAUCGAUGCAAAUCAAAAACUUUCAUGUAACUCAGAUUCAAAGGAUUCUAAAAUUGCCAAAGCAUUGAAAACGUUUUAUCUUUUCGACUCUCGAUUGGUCUCGAAACAUUCAAAUUUAUCCGACAUCCGGGGCAUUGGAAUCAAAGCAUUCUUCAUCGAUGAAUGUGAAAACCGUUAA